AUGGCGUCCACCCUGCCCCGCCUGCCCAUCUUCGAGGCCAUCAAGAAGCAUGAUGCACAGAGCACUGCCGUCAUCCACUCGCUGUCCGGACGGCGCUUCACGUACGGCGAAUUGAUCAACGAUGUCGCCGCGGCCAAGGACAAGCUGCAGCGCAACACAGGCGGCAAGAGCGCAGAGGGCGCACGCAUUGCCUUCCUGGUGGAGAACGGCUACGACUAUGUAGUGACGCUGCUGUCCAUCCUGGCCGCCCAUGCCGUUGCCGUACCGCUGUCGCCCACCUUCCCGGCCCACGAGCUGCGCUAUAUCAUCGACCAGAGCGAGUCUCUAAUGCUGCUCUCGUCAGAAAAGUUCCAAGACCAGGCAGAUGAAGUGCUGAGAGAGGGCAUGCAGACAAGCCCAAUCAAUUGGAAGCGCGAGAAGAUCAUGAUGGGCAAGACGGAUGACUACGUCACUCUCGAAGAGCCGACCAGCACCAAGGGCGGCAUGAUGUUGUACACGUCGGGCACCACGAGCAGACCGAAAGGUGUCUUGCUGCCCCAGGAUGUACUGACCGCCCAGUCUAGGUCGCUGCUGGAGGCGUGGAGCUACACGGCCGACGACGUGUUGCUCCAUGUGCUCCCGCUGCACCAUAUCCACGGCACAGUCAAUGCGCUGCUGACGCCAUUGUUCGCUGGCAGCAUUAUCGAGUUCCACUUCCCGUUCAAUGCACAAGCUGCUUGGGAGCGACUCGCAGCUCCUUUCCUCCCGAACCCAGACCCGGCCAAGAAGCCGAUCACCUUUCUCACAGUCGUACCCACCAUCUACACACGCUUUCUCUCGUCGCAUUCCAGCUUGACACCUGAACUGCAAGCUGCGACAAGAACUGCCCUGCACCCCUCGAACUUGCGGCUGAACAUCUCUGGCUCUGCUGCCCUUCCCACGCCCGUCAAGUCAGCAUGGACGGAGCUGAGCGGGGGCAACGUUCUUCUUGAGCGCUAUGGGAUGACAGAGGUCGGUAUGGCGUUGUCGUGUGGCCUUGACUUCUCCGAUAGAGUCGACGGCUCAGUAGGAUGGCCACUGCCCUCAGUGCAAGCACGCCUGGUAGACACAGAGACAGGAGAGGUCAUCAAAGAUGGUGAGGAGGUUGAUCCCUCCACUGGACGCGAGCGCCACGGAGAAAUCCAGCUAUGCGGCCCUACCAUCUUCCGAGAAUACUGGAAGAACCCUGAGGCCACAGCCAAAGAGUUUGUCGAGGACGCGGACGGCCACGGUAAAUGGUUCAAAACCGGCGAUGUUGCUAUUCGCAAGAACGCAGAAGGUGCAGGCAAGAGCGCACAGGAAUGGGCGAAGGGGUCUCUGUACUUCAUUCAAGGACGCAAGUCCGCUGAUAUCAUCAAGACAGGUGGCGAAAAGGUCUCUGCACUUGAAAUUGAGCGUGAGAUGCUUUCGCUGCCAUUCUUGACCGAAGUCGCUGUUGUCGGUCUGCCUUCAGAAGCAUGGGGCCAGAAGGUCGCUGCUGUCGUCGUACUCUCUGAGAAGGGCAAGACAGCGGGCAAAGGAGGUAAACCAUGGUCGGCGCUGGACAUGAGGCGGGCACUGAAAGACGUCCUUGCUAAUUACAAGAUUCCCCAAGAGAUGAAGGUUGUAGACACCAUUCCACGAAACGCCAUGGGCAAGAUCAACAAAAAGCAGUUGGUCAUCCAAAUCUGGGGCGAGCCGCUGGAAGCAGCGAAAGGGAAUGGUGCUGUUCAGGUACCAAAUGGCAGUGUAUAA